CCCCCCCCCCCCUUAAAAGAUUUAGAUGCCCUAUUGUAAAGUGGCUGUUCCACUGGAUGUCUUAAGGUGAACGCACCAAUUUGUAAGUCGCUCUGGAUAAGAGCGUCUGCUAAAUGACUUAAAUGUAAUGUAAAUGUAACAUUUGAACAUCUUGGCCAUGUUCUGUUAUAAUCUCUACCCGGCACAGCCAGAAGAGGACUGGCCACCCCACAUAGCCUGGUUCCUCUCUAGGUUUCUUCCUAGGUUUUGGCCUUUCUAGGGAGUUUUUCCUAGCCACCGUGCUUUUACACCUGCAUUGCUUGCUGUUUGGGGUUUUAGGCUGGGUUUCUGUACAGCACUUUGAGAUAUCAGCUGAUGUACGAAGGGCUAUAUAAAUACAUUUGAUUUGAUUUGAUUUGAAUAGCAUUCUCACAUAGGUGUUCCUUUUGUCCAGAUGAGAAAGGACAGUGUUGAGAGCAAUAGAGAUUAUUCUGUGGAUCUAUUGGGGUGGUAUGCAAAUUGGAGUGGGUCUAGGGUUUCUAGGAUAAUGGUGUUGAUGUGAGCCUUGACCAGCCUUUCGAACCACAGAGACUAUGGUGGUCUGCUUGAAACAUGUUGGUAUUACAGACUCAGUCAGGGACAGGUUGAAAAUAUCAGUGAAGACACUUGCCAGUUGGUCUGCGCAUCCUCGGAGUACACAUCCUCUAUGUUUGAGGUGCUGUCCCUCCUGUGUCAGACUACUUCUCCCAUACUGUUUCCCCUAGCAUGUCUUUUCCCCCUCUGAACCCGCCUCACACUGUCUAGUCACAGCUGUAACGCUACUCCAGGCCUACCUGCCUCGGUUCUCUGUCAUUUUUAUUAGGUACACCAAUCUAGAAACAGGUCAGACCCCCUUAGCCUUCAGAACAACCUGAAUUCUUUGGGGCAUGGAAACAUUGCUCAAUUGGUAUUACACCACCCAGCCUGUACCGUUGACACCAAAUAGGAUGGGGCCAUGGACUCAUGCUGCUUACGCCAAAUCCUGACUCUGCCACCAGCAUGACGCAACAGGAACCAGGAUUCAUGGGACAAGGCAAUGUUUUUCCAGUACUCAAUUGUCCAGUGUGAUCACGUGCCCACUGGAGCUGCUUCUUAUUGUUUUUAGCUACGAGUGGAACCCGGUGUGUUUGUCUGAUGCAAUAGCCCAUCCGUGACAAGGACUGCCGAGUUGUGCAUUCCGAGAUGCCAUUCUGCACACCACUGUCGUACUGCACAGUUAUUGGCCUGUUUGUGGCCCACCUGUUAGCUUGCCUGAUUCUUGCCAUUUUCCUUCGACCUAUCAUCAAUGAGCUGCUUUUGAUCUCAGGACUGCCGCUGGCUGUGUUUUUUGUUUGUCGCCCCAUUCUCGGUAAACCCUAGACACUGUCGUCCGUGAAAAGCCCAGAAGGCCAGACAUUUCUGAGAUACUGGAACCUGCACGCCCGGCACCGACGAUCAUUUGCACAUUUCAAUCGAACAGUAACUGAAUGCCUCGAUGCCCGUUUGCCUGCUUUAUAUAGCAAGUCACGUCCACGUGACUCACUGUCUGUAGGAGAAAACCAUUUUUGUGAUUGGGGUGGUGUACCUAAUAAACUAUAUAUGUAUAUAGACAUAAAGUACCAGUCAAACGUUUGGUCACACCUACUCAUUCCAGGGUUUUUCUUUAUUUUUUACUAGUUUCUACAUUGUAGAAUAAUAGUGAAGACAUAAAAACUAUGAAAUUACACAUGGAAUCAUGUAGUAACCCAAAAAAGUGUUAAACAAGCUAAAUCUAUUUUAUAUUUGAGAUUCUUCAAAGUAGCCAUACUUUGCCUUUAUGACACCUUUGCACAAAGAGAGCUAGAGGUGUCAGUCACUAAACCUUGAGUCCCCUGUGCUCGUGUCCGAGUCACCAAUGGUCGAGUCACAAGUACCUAUGGCAGAAGUGCUCGAGUCCUGGUCCAUGUCUCAGUCACUGCGUCCACAUUAACUCAAAAUAAAGUUAUUUACACAGUCGGAUAUAUUGUAGUGGCAAGAGGAAUUUAGUCAAUAAAUUGUUUGGUAUCCAUUUUCCUUUCUUUCUGUGCCGACAAAUGGUCAUGUUAAAAGGGCCCCGUUCGUUGCAAAACGUUCUCGAAUGUUGCCUAUAGAAAUUCCAUGAAUGGAGCCAACGUUAUUCCUUACUCUACAUGUCAGAGAGGCAUGUUUGUUUUACAUAGCGUAUAUCUAUCUGAACGUUCCAAGACAUUGCAAUCCUACUGAACGCUCCCCAGGUUGUUAGCUAUAGCCUUCCAAUGCACGAUAGAAAGAAAAAAACAUAGCGCCUGUAUUAUGGGUCAUGUCUUUUGAACGGUAAUCUCUCUAUCCGUUUUGCUACAGAACCUGGAUAUAAAAUGCAGUGGGGAAAGUGGAAGGGUUGAGCGAGACUAGAAAUUCAAGGACCGCCUACUUUUCUAUACUCAAGGAUCUCAUAAUAGGAUUACUGACGUCCUGAGUGUAGUCCUCUGAGACUGACAGAGCGAGUGAAGAGAUCAAUGGAGUAAGACAGAUGGGACAGGAAGCAGUUGUCUUUGGUCCCCAUUCUCCAGUAGCAUCGUUCUGCUGCUAUGGUGCCGAUCCAUGCUAUGCACCCUCAGCCUGAUGAGGGGACACCUAAACAAAGUGACCAGCCGACCAAGAUGCUAAUCGUGCUAGACAGUGAGGACAGUGAGGAAGAGUCCAUUGAAGAGCAGCAGCCGGUUACGCCAUGGAAUGACCUGUGUAUUAUAGAUCGCGUAGGCUUCACCAGUGCUAAGAUGUCAGAGGAACAAGUGGAGAAUGCAUUCUCCCAGAUUGCGCUGGCCUUUCGUAGUGACCAGUACACCCUGAAGCAGAGGCUGCAGGCAGAGGAGCAUGCUAGGAACCUGGCUGAGGAGAACAUCCAGCUGGAGCUGAUGAGAGGCCGGGAGACACUGGAGACUCUAAAGGCUCUGUGUCUGGACAGUAUACGCAGUAAGAUCCUCCAGAGACUAGAGCUGUGUCUGGAUAUACUGGGAGGAACAGUGGAGAGAAUCUCCAACACAGCAGAGGUGUUGGGAGCUGUACAUCAGGAGGCUCGUGUGAGUCGAGCGGUGGAGCUGAUGGUGAGCCACGUUGACAACCUGAAGAGGCGUAAUGAGAGAGACACAGAGCUGGACGAGACCAAGAAACUCAACAGGAAAAUCUUCUGUAGGAACUACAGCGACCCUAGAGAUGAAGGAGAGUUCAGGCAGAAGGACAAUAAAACUUCUCAGCAGUUGCACAUUGGUGCAAGUCGUCGAAGGGUCAGCAUAGCAGUGAUCAACAAACAAGCCCAGGAAAAGAGAAAAUUGGAAAGAGGGCUGCAGAAGUCAUUCUCAUUAGAUCAUGGGAUAGGCAAGAAGUCACUCUCAACCCCAUCUCCAUCAAUGGACUCCAUCACAGAGUCCAACCCUUCAGUCAUGGUCAACACAGAAGAGAUGGAUGUUCCCUUACUGGAUGGCAGACCACAUGAAGCCCCUGAUGAUAACAAACAAGCAGUCGCUGCUGAUGUCCAGUCACCACCUGAACCAGACCCCACUCCAGUCUAUACAGCACCCUGUCCCACUCUCACACACAAGCCAAACGAAGUGGACACCAAGAAAAACAUGAGGUGCAGACAUAAAGGCAAGGCUGCGCUGGAGAGGACGGAGAGGAGGAAAGGGAACAGAGAGAAAACAAUGACACACACCGACCAAUGCAUCACCGGAACGUGUGGCCCUAUGUGCAGAGGGCGCCCACUGGCCCCCUGGAUGUGGCACUGCCGCUGGGUUGUCCUCAGUGUGUAUCUGGUAGUGCUCUGCUGUGUGAUACUACUGAUCAUCCUUUUCUGGCUCGGUCCUGAACGUCUGCUGUGAGCUUAUGAGAUUUAACACAAACACUUCCUGAAGGAGACAGACAAAGCACUUCCUGGUUCUGACCUGGCUUCUGAUUGGUCAUUGAACAGCUUCACCCAAUAAACAUUCC